GCUACAGCGUUUUCAACUUGAUCAACCAUGGGUGCUGCUCUAAGUUGUGUCGCAUUACCUGCACUGGGUACAGUUGGAGCAUGGGUAGCCAGCUGCUUCUCUGCCGCAGCAUGUUCAUUAGCUUGUAAAAGCUGCAACUGCAACAAUUCGAUUGCUACAAGAAUAGGAUACGCACUUAUAUUACUCUUGAAUUCAAUUGUAGGUCCAAUGCCCAACCUGUCAGUUGUUUAUAGUUCCACCAUUUACUGAUUUUUCUUGAAUAUC